GAGGCCUGAUGGGGCUUAAUAAUCUGGCGUGUCGUCGAUGUUCUUUGUCUCUAUUCUUUGCUACCUCUUUGUGUCAACUUCCAUGAAUUUUGAGAAUGUGAAAGAUCUCUAUUGACUAAUGGCACCACCAACAGAAGUUGUUGAUUAUUUUCCCCAAAAGUAUAGGAUAAACAAAGGAAUUCACUAUAAACAGAUCAUAAAGAAACAAAUUAUACAAAAAUUAGCAACAAUUACUGAAAUGAUUGGAAGGAAACUUCGAAAUUCGAAUCAUUCCUUCCAUAUCGCUCAUUCAAAAUUAGAAGAAAUCAUACAAAGAAAAACAUGCAUGGUCAUCUCCAAAUUGAAGAAGGAAAUGGACGGUUUAGAGAAACAGCUGGAUAAUGUUCAUUCAUCGUGAAAUUCACAAGCAUUAAACAUGCAAAAUAUUCUAUGUAUAACCAUAUUAUAUAUUCAAAUUUGUUUUUUUUCAAUAAACCUACCAGUUAAACUGUAAGGGGUUAAACGGAAAAUUCCAUGGAGACGGUAGUCGGUGCUCUUAUUUGGGCGGGAAGCCCUACCUUCCUCCGGUAUCUCCGAUGUCAAGUCAAUCUCACCGCCGUCUCCUCCAUUCUCCGCUUCCAUGGAAAAGUACUUCGGCCCCUGUACGCGGCUUCCUGAGGCUCGGUUCACGCGAAGAUGGACGCGUAUGACAACGGAGAUAAAAGGAAAGAUGCCUCUCAGUUUUAGGCGCGAUGCUUCUAUACUUUUUCAUGAUUCGUUGGCUGAGCUUGGAGUCUUCGAGCAUGAUUAUAUCUUCCAGCCCCAGAAAUGUGCCUCUGCUUUGGCAUUGGUGGACGAUCCUGCUAAUUCAUCGACCUCCUUUUCAAGGAAGGGGAUUUCAGGACUGGAUUUUGACACCGAGGGAAUUUAUCUUGCCUCAAUAACAAAAGCAGGAUGCUUGAUUGUACAUGAGUUCGAAACAUUAUACUGUGAAAUAUACGGUCCAAAAUCCAGUCAAUUGGUGAAUGGGACAAAAGAAUUUAUCCAUAUUUCCGUUGGCCAAGCAUUAGAUUCUGUUCGGUGGAAUCCAAUUAAUCAAGAUGAGGUAGCUUGUGCUACUAGAGAAAACCAUCACAUUUGUCUUAUCAAUAUCUUUCAUUUCUCAUCCAAAGAAGCACAAGUACUAUGCAGCCAGAAGGACCACACUAUGGAGCACGCCAAUGGAUUAUCUGAAGUAUUAUUUGCUUCGGAUGACAAGUCAAGAUUGUUUGCUUCUGGUUUAGAUGGCAAUGUUUAUGUUUGGGAUACACGAUUGUCCAAUCAUCCAUGCCUCACGCUUACAACUAAUUCACGAAGAGAACUUAAUAGCAUUGCACUAUACCAAGAUCAGGUUGUAUUAGGGGCAGACAAAUGUGGAUUUAUUCACUCUUGGGAUAUUCGCGGAGGACAGUCAUCUCAUGCUUUUCAAAGUCACAAUCAGAGGUCUCUUUACCCUUCAAUAUCCAUAAAGUUAUCGUCUGAGCUGGAGAAAAUCUCAUCUUUGAAGGCACAGACAGACAUUCUUCCAAAAGAAAUCCACAGCAUCAGCAUCAAUCCAUCUUGUUCCAGGCAGUUAGCUUUCCAUCUGGUUGAUGGCUGGUCUGGGGUUCUGGAUCUUAGCGAUCUUGUGGUGACACAUGUGCACAGUCCACCUGCUGUGUUGGAUGGAACAGUUAUAUCAACAAAGUCAAUUAUAAGAAGACCGUCUUGGUUCCCAACAUUCUCGACAUAUGCAGUUGGGUCUGUUGCAGAUAAAGGAUUGUAUCUGCUUGACUUCUUUCCAGGCAAACACUCAGCAUGCCAUGUGGAUUUCGAUCCGGAAUCAAGGAGCAAUUCUCCAGACUGCAGUAGAAUUCCAGAAAACAAAUAUAUUCCUGUAUCAGAAAACAUUCUAGCUUGUGCAAUUCAUCCUCAUAACGAUACCAUAAUUGCUGGGACUAAGGAAUCGUCUUUAAUAGUGAUCUCUCAGAAGCAUAAGGUUGACAAUGGUGAUUAAAUGCUACUAAUACCUGAAGGCGGUUAAGUUAAGAUUAUAAACCAAAUGAAGCUUAUGAAUUGGCAACGCUCUCCCUGGUCUGCACAUAGCAAGUGAACACUCCACCAUGCUUUUUAACAUACUGCUCAUUUGUUUACUACAAGGCUCAUGAUGAUCCUAGAAAGGGAAAUGAGGAAGCACUUUGAUGAAGCAACUGUGAGCCAAUUCAACCCCUUACGCACUUGAAACCUCAUAAGUACUCCCUUCUUUGUGGUUUUUCUGAUGUCUAUUACCUUCAUAAAUGGUAGGAACCAUUUUGAACCUAACCGAUAUUCCAUCAGUGAUAUGGAGAAUCAAUUCUCCAAAAGAACGAAUAAAGCAAACAUUCGCGUUGGCAUGAAAAAUUCAUUUUGCUAAAGAGCAUAAUAUUUGGAUUUUUCCUACAGAAAAGUGAUUAGAUGAUCAUGUUAUCACUUGAUUUCUUUCCCACUUGAUCUCUGUUUCUGUUAUCACAAAGCUCUGCAUUUUCAGUGGGCACUUCAAGGAUGGUGCAUCUCAAAAAUAAACUUUU